ACAUUGUCUUCUCUUUGUCCACAUCUCCAAAGCCAUAAUACCAUGCAUGAUUGCGUUGCUUGGUUUGUUAUUUCCCACGGUAGGUUUGUCAACCUUGCUAGCCAAAAUUAUAUCCUCCUCUUCUUUCCUCUGGUUGCCUUUCCUUGAUCAAUUUUUCCUUCACAGUUCACAUUCACAUCCCUUGCAGAUUGGAGAAACCAUGGCUGGGGCUUUGGUAGGAGGAUCAAUUAUCUCUGCUUCUCUUCAGGUUUUGUUUGACAGGAUGGCUUCCCAUGAGGUUUUGGACUUCUUCAGGGGCCGAAAGCUUAGUGAUGAACUGCUUAUGAAACUGAGGACCGCAAUGAUAUCUGUCAACGGACUGCUUGAUGAUGCAGAGGAGAAGCAGAUCACCAAGUUAACCGUGAAAUGCUGGCUCGAUGAACUCAAAGAUGCUCUCUAUGAGGCUGAUGACCUGUUGGAUGGUGUUGCUUACGAAGCGCUCAGAUCAAAGUUGGAAGCUGGGUCUCAAAACAUCAAAAAUCAGGUGUGCAACUUCUUAACUUUUCGUGAUCCAUUUGGAAAGGAAAUGGGAGUCAAUUUAGAAAACAUACUUGAUAGACUUGAAUAUUUAUUAAAACAGAAGGAUGCUCUUGGUUUGAAUUUGAAAGAGUGUGUUGGAGAAAAACCUAAUCAGAUGAAAAUACCGACCACUUCUGUGGUAGACGAAUAUGGUUUUUAUGGUAGGGAAGGCGAUAAGAGCACCUUAAUAGACUUGCUAAUAUCUGAUGCUGCAAAUGCCAAUGAACUAGAAGUGAUUCCUAUAGUGGGCAUGGGUGGGAUUGGGAAAACCACCAUUGCUCAACAUGUUUACAAUGAUAGCAGAGUCCAAGAAUGGUUUGACCUAAAAGCAUGGAUCUAUGUUUCUGAAGAAUUCAAUGUUUUCAAAAUAACGAAAGAUAUUUUUGAGGAGAUCACUUCAAAAUCUUCUGAUGCCAACUCUUUGAAUAAGCUUCAACUUGAGCUGAAAACAAGAUUGAGAGGGAAGAAGUUUUUGCUUGUUUUAGAUGAUGUUUGGAAUGAUAAGUAUGGUGAUUGGGACAUUUUAUUGAGACCUCUCAAAGCUGGAUUACGAGGUAGUAGAAUAGUUGUCACAACUCGCAACCAAAAUGUAGCGUCAAUUAUGGGCACACUUCCAACUCACGAUCUAAAGGAAUUGAGCAAUGAUGAUUGUUGGUUGUUAUUCGCAAAGCAUGCUUUUACUGAUGGAAAUUUCAGCUCAUAUUCAAGCUUAGAAGCAAUCGGUAGAGAAAUAGUGAGAAAAUGCAAAGGUCUACCUUUAGCUGCAAAAGCACUAGCUGGUCUCUUGCGUGCCAAAGGAAACCUUAAGGAAUGGGAGAAGGUGCUGAAGAGUAGCUUAUGGAAUUUGUCAAAUGAUAAUAUUCUCCCUGCUUUAAGGUUGAGCUACCAUUAUCUACCCUCCCAUCUAAAGGGGUGUUUUGCUUAUUGCGCAAUAUUUCCCAAGGAUUAUCAAAUUCCAAAGGAGAAAUUAAUUUGUUUAUGGAUGGCAGAGGGAUUUUUGGACCAGCCAAAAGGAAAUAAGGAGGCAAUUGAAUUAGGCGAAGAAUACUUUCAGGAACUUAUGUCCAGGUCAUUUUUCCAACAAUCAAGACGUAUUCCGAGGCGUUUUGUUAUGCAUGACCUUAUAAAUGACUUGGCGAAAUUUGUUUCCGGGAAAUUUUGUAUUCGAUUAGAGGAUGAUAAUACCUGCAAUGUUACCCAAAAAACUCGUUAUUUUUCAUAUUUAAGGACAAGGCAUGAUGCCUUGAAAAGGUUCGAGACCAUCUACGAAGCUAAGUUGCUACGAGCAUUCUUACCGGUAAGUUUCUUAGAUUAUUGGAUUUAUGAGGAGAUUGACAGUAAGGUAAUGCAUGAUUUGUUGCCAAUGCUUGAACGGCUGCGAGUGCUAUCUUUGUCGCAUUAUGAUAACAUAGUUGUGUUACCGGAUUCAAUUGGCAAGUUGAAACAUUUAAGAUACUUGAGUUUUGCUGGAACACCUAUUAAGAGAUUACCAGAAUCCGUUUGUAGUUUGUACAAUUUACAAACUCUAAUCUUGAACAAGUGUAAAGAUCUAGUUGAGUUGCCAGUCAACAUGGUGAAGCUAAUGAAUCUGUGUCAUCUUGAAAUUACUGACACGAGCUUGAAAGAGAUGCCACUGCACAUUGGGAAACUAACAAAGCUCAGAAAAUUAACCGAUUUUGUUCUGGGAAAUCAAAGUGGGUCUGGCAUAAAAGAGUUAGCUGAGCUUCAGCAUCUGAGGGGAAAGCUUGGACUUUGUAAUCUUCAAAAUGUCCUGGAUGCUGGAGACGCUUUGCAAGCCAAUUUGAAGGGGAAGGAGCUCCUGGAAGAGCUGCAGUUGAGAUGGGAUGGCGACACUGAUAAUUCACUGCAUCACAGAAAUGUUCUUGAGCAACUAGGGCCUCACAGCAAUGUAGAGAGUCUUCUAAUUGUUGGUUAUGGGGGUACAAGGUUUCCAGAUUGGAUAGGAGAUUCUUCUUUCUCAAAUUUAGCAACCCUGGAGCUGAACGGAUGUAAACACUGCUGCUUCUUACCCCCACUUGGGCAGUUGGUGUCUCUAAAGAUUCUCUCGAUCAAAGCAUUUGAUGAGGUAGUAACUGUCGGUCAUGAAUUCUACAGCAAUAGCACAAGCAUGAAAAAGCUAUUUGGAUCCCUUGAAAUUUUAAGGUUCGAAAGGAUGCCGCAAUGGCGGGAGUGGAUUUCUUAUGGUGAUGAACCUUUCCCUCUUCUACGAAAGCUUUCCAUAAAGAAAUGUCCCAACUUGACCCAUAAUUUACCCGGUCAUCUUCCUUCUUUAACAAUUCUCGAGAUCGAGGGAUGCCAGCAGCUUGAGGUUUUACUUCCAAGGGCACCGAUCAUGCUUUCAAUUAAAUUGGUGGAUGAUAAUCGUAAUUUUUGGUUUGGAAAAAUGUCUUCUGGGCUACAGCGUCUUAAAGUGGAGAGAUUCCAAUACCAGCCUUUUGAUUCUUUGCUGGUGCAAAUGAGUGGUCUUUCCACUAAUUUAGAUGAAAUUGAGAUCAGAAACUGCCUCGCACUUAAAUGCUUCCCAUUGGAACUGUUCACCAAGUUAAAGACACUUUGUAUCAGUGGAUGCCCAAAUUUUGAAUCCCUUUCUGCUUCUGGAGGACCUCUGGGAGACUUGACAUGCCUUAAUUCCUUGGUGAUAUCUAACUGCCCCAGUCUAGUAUCUUUUCCCAUAGGAGGAUUAGCAGCCCCAAAUUUGACACAGCUUGAGCUGAGGGAUUGCUUAAAUUUGAAGCAUCUGCCAGAAUUUAUGAACUCCCUGCUUCCUUCUCUCGUGGGUUUGAGGUUAUAUCAUUGCGUCGAACUUGUCUCCUUUCCACAAGGGGGUUUGCCAUCCGCGUUACAAUUGCUUUCGAUCCAUCACUGUACCAAACUCAUUGAUGGUCGCUUGCGGUGGAACUUACCAAGGCUUCCCUCUCUGUCGAAGUUUCUUAUUGGCACAAUUCAGGAGGUGGAAUCAUUUCCAGAAUAUACACUGCUUCCCUCUACUCUUACCUUUCUCACAAUCUCAAGUUAUAAGAAUCUGAAAUAUUUAGAUUCUGAAGGCCUUCAAUGCCUAACCUCUCUCAGAGAACUGACGAUCCAAAACUGCCCAAAUUUGAUGGAGCUGCCAGGAGCCGUGCACUCUCUCCUCCCUUGCCUUGUGAAGUUGGUGAUUUUCAACUGUCAGGAGCUUGAGUCGUUUCCAGCAGAGGGUCUACCCUCUAAAUUAGAAUCACUUGUGGUCCAGCGCUGCAAUAAACUUAUUGCUAGUCGCAUGCAAUGGGGCUUGUGGAGGUUACACUCUCUUUUAAACUUGACUAUUGGCAAGGAUAAAGAUGUGGAAUCCUUCCCAGAUGAGUUGCUGCUGCCUGCCACGCUUACCUCUCUUAAGAUCAAGGAUUUUCACAAUCUGAAGUCUCUAGACUAUAGGGGACUUCAAAACCUCUCCUGUCUUAGAGAAUUGAAGAUCCGAAAAUGCCCCAAGGUACAGUCCUUGCCAGUAGAGGGGCUGCCUUCUUCCCUUACUUCUCUAAUUAUCUCUGGUUGUCCUAUGCUGAAACAAAGGUGUCAACGUGAGAAUGGGGAAGACUGGACCAAAAUUUCUCACAUUCCCUCCAUAGAAAUCAGUGGUGUUAUGAUCAAUGAGAUAAAACACUAGACGGAUUCUCUUUUCUUAAAUCCAUCCAAUCCAGCAAGACAAGGCAUGAUAAUUGCAACUCAAUUUCAAUUUCUUUUCUUC